AUGGGAGUAAAAAUAGAGCUCAUCUGUCCACGGGAGCGGCCCUCUCGGACACGACUAUCGGCCGGGUCGUCUCGCCCCCACAAAUGUCCUCCAUCGUGCCCCCCUUUGAUGCUGAACGGCCCCCGGGGAAAGCUACCUGCUUCCUUUCUCACUCUCCUGUUCUGCAAAAUGACUGAGUUCACAGCGGACCAGAUUGAGGACUUCAAGGAGGCUUUUGGUCUCUUUGACAGAAUUGGUGACAGCCAGGUGGCCUUCAACCAGGUGGCCGACAUCAUGCGCGCUCUGGGCCAGAACCCCACUAACAAGGACGUUACCAAAAUUCUGGGCAACCCAAGUGCCGACGACAUGGCCAACAAGAGGCUCAACUUCGAAGCUUUCCUGCCCAUGCUGAAGGAGGUCGAUGCCCAGCCCAAGGGAAGCUACGAUGACUACGUUGAGGGUCUGCGUGUCUUCGACAAGGAGGGCAACGGCACAGUCAUGGGUGCUGAGUUGCGCAUCGUGCUGUCCACCCUGGGAGAGAAGAUGACCGAGGCUGAGAUCGAUGCCCUCAUGACCGGACAGGAGGACGAGAACGGCAGUGUGCACUACGAGGCUUUCGUCAAGCACAUCAUGUCUGUGUAAGAGGCCGGCAGAAGCAGUGCUGACGAAACUGUAGCUCGCCUACAGACGGCCCGACGGUGUUCAGGACAUCUACACUGUUUAAAAGACCAACCAAGGAAAGACAAGGACUAUGUACAAGGGAUGUUGAAGCCAGCCCAUCUUUUUGUUUAUUUUGUUUUCCUUUCCACUUCGUUUCAAACCCUUCCUCUCUCAGGACAUCGCCUCUCCGUUGAAGACACCCAUCACUCGGCCUCUAACCCCCCCCACACCGGGGCGCGUCUCCCCUCGCCACAUGGGGUGAGGAACGGGGGAGAAAGGGGUGACCACUCAUCAAGUGAGGGUAGAUCCCUCCCAUCCCACCACCACCUCAUUUAGUAACGCCAUCACUAGCCCAGCGAUGCCAAAGGUGCUGGAGAACGGGCAAGGAUAGACCGCCAAAAGUCUCCCACUUCCCUGAAAAGUUUUAUUUAUUUUCACUCUGUACAUUUGAAAAUAAACUUUUCCAACGUACAUCCCAUCUGGGCUGAUUCUUGAUCUCUCAUUGCUCACAUGCACCUUUUGAAACACAAGCUUUAGAACUCCAGAAGUUGAUAAAUAACUAUAAACUUUAGUGUCUACUCCAGUUCCUUACGGUCAAUGGGGUUCGGCCCAAGAAAAGCUGAACCGAUGUGGACCUGUUUAUAUAACUGUCCAUGUAGGGUAGCUCAUGUCUUGUUGCUACGGAGACUGCGACUAG